AUGAAUCAAGAAUACUUUGAAAAUAGACAACAAGCCCUCUGUCUCAAAUACCAACCUACAAGUGCCAGCAAUUAUCGCCACCAAGCAUUCCUCCAACCACAAACCGAAAAUCUCAGCAACACCUUAAUGUUGGCCCAGAGAAUCUUCAGAGAGUAUAAGUAAAAUAAGUUUUAAGUCCGAAAAGUCUCAGUCAUUCAACCACAUCAGCAAGAUAAAGAACCUGAACAAAAAAAGCAGAAAACCACCAUCAUGGACUCCAAAAGGUUUCACAUGUACAGCAACCCCAAAAAUACCAAAGUCAAACUCCUAAAUUCCACAGCCAACAACUCCUUCUAUUCGAAAAAGAGUUCGGAAAAAUAUCAAUAAUCCCCCAUCAAACCCAAGACUGCAGUUUCCAGAGCUAAACGAAUAUUACCAUAAUAAAUCUCCAUUACACCUUUGGAGAGUGUGGCUCCAUUAGUGUCUGCUCAGAGCUGGUGUGUUAUUAAUGGAAAGAAUGGCCAAUUGAUGGGGGGCUAUAAUCAAUAUAAAAGCAGACAAAUGGCUUCAAUCACCAAAAUCAUGACAUGUUGGCUAGCACUGAAACUCACCCAGCAAUUUCAAUUGGACCUUGAUAACACCUAUUUCACAGCAGAAAGGAUUGGAGGCACAACAGCACAACUCUCAAGUGGUGAUAAACUCAGCAUUAGAGAUCUGCUCUAUGGGUUGAUGUUACCAUCUGGCAACGAUGCAGCAAUCUCCCUACAACAUAAUUUCGAACUUUAUAAAGGUUGCGACUUUAUAUAACAAAUGAAUCAAAACGCAUAAGACAUUGGAAUGGAGUUGACAUCCUAUGCUAAUCCUCAUGGUUUGUAUCAUGAAGCCAACUACUCGUCUGCUUAUGAUAUUGGCAUCCUCACCUAUCAUGCCAUGUAAAAUCUACAGUUCGCCAGUAUUGUCAAGACCAAAAUCUACUUUAGUGAAAUUGAAGACAAAUUUGGAGAGUCAAAGGAAAUCUUUUGGGAAAACACUAAUAGGAUGUUAUACCAAGGAUUUAGGGGUGUUAAGACAGGCAUAACAAAAGAGGCAGGGCCUUGUGUUGUAGAGUAUUUUGAGGAUAACGAGAACUCGUACAUUAUUGUACUGUUAAAUUGUAGAUCAGUAGAUCUCAGAUGGCAAGAUGCUAUCAAAUUAUUGGAUUGGAUUAGAUAAUGA